AAUCAAGGGGCAAGCCAUGACCUACAUCCAGGCAAACUUCUGCAACUCCAUGGUGGACAUGGACAUCUACUGGCUGCAAGUAUGCGCCGCGCAUCUACCAGCCGACCAGUUCCUCGACAUGUGCAUUGAUAUGUUUGGAUGCCGCGAGUGGCUGAGUAUGAUGCCGAUGUCUCCUGCCCAGGCGGCGGAGCAGGACGCCAUGGUGGAAGGUCUGCUCACCUUCCUCGCAAUACUAGUGUCUUCUAGAACUAACCUAGGUAAUGACGAGUUAACGCAGUCGCGGCUCGAAGUGAGCACGUUACUGGCCGCGGGCGACAAGACACACUCGCAACUACUCGAACUCAUGCCCGAGAGGUCUGGCAACGCACACACUAGGAAUUUUGAAACUGUUCUCAAAGAGUUGUCAACAUACCGUCCACCUCCAAAAGGCUCCGAAAACUUGGAGCAAGGACUAUUCGUGCCGAAGCCUAUCGUAUGGGAACAGUACUACGAUCCACUACAUGUAUUACGUCGAGCUGUGCACCGGAGGGACUUCCACGCGUCCAUGGAGCGGUUCACUACUUAUGUGCGCGAGAAGCAGAAGUCAGAAGGUACACCGGAGAGCACGUCGCGCGCCAGCGGCGUACUAUGGCCCCCGCUGCGGGGCGCGGGCCCGGUGGCGGGCGGCGCGGGCGGCGCGGGCGAUGUCUCGACAACGACUGAGUGGAGUAUCUCCCGCGACGUCUGGGAGACCUUAGACCAAGAUCAACAAUUGUUGUGUAUUGUGCAUGUUGUUUGUCACGGUGUAUGCGUGGUAUAUUUGUACCGGUGUGCAGACAUGUCGGGGUCGGAGUGGAGCGUGUCGGUGCGGGGCGCGGCGGGCGCGCUGGCGGCCCCCGCGCUGCAGGCCGCGCUGCCCGCCGCGCCCGCGCCCAGCCACGCCAGGCCCUCCACCAGCAACCAGGUACAACUACACACGCAAUCAGAAGACACGAUCCCGGUGAACGAGUCCAUCAUAUCGUUGCUCCUCAAACUGCACUCACAACUGUCAGGACGACUUGACUCGUUCUCCUUGGACGAACCCGCGCCAGACACACAGGAACCUAUCGGAGACGGCCCCUACUUCAUCGGCGGCGUCCUCCGCAAGUUGGCGGCCCUGGACGCGCGCUGCGGGGCCGCCAUCGCCCACGUGCGGCACUCGCUCUGGCCGCACCAGCGCGAGCGCCAGGCCGAGCAACGCGCGCGAGAGCGUCGCGAAAAAGAAGAACGAUCCCGUCGCGCUCGGGAACGUCAAGCACAAGUAAUGAGAGACUUCCAACGCCGGCAACAGCAGUUCAUGUCGUCCAUGCACGGGCUGGACGAGCCCGGCGCCAUGGACUGGGACGAGGACGCGCUGCCCAAGGACUACGACUGCGUCAUCUGCAACACCACGGCGCCCACCACGCCCGCCGACCCCAUCGGGCUCGUCGUGCUACUGCAGUCGACGUCGGUGCUGGGCCACCGGCGGCGCGCGGGCGGCGGCGACGCGCGCCUCGCGCUGUCCGAGGACGAGCGCGCGCGGCUACUGGCGCAGCACGACACCACCGCCGCCGCGCACCACUACCGCCUGCACGACGACCUGCACCAGCACUUCGACCAGGUACACGCUACUCUACUACUCACUCGGCGUCAUGCGACACUACACCACGCCCGCCGCGCACCACUACCGCCUGCACGACGACCUGCACCAGCACUUCGACCAGGUACACGCUACUCUACUACUCACUCGGCGUCAUGCGACACUACACCACGCCCGCCGCGCACCACUACCGCCUGCACGACGACCUGCACCAGCACUUCGACCAGGUACACGCUACUCUACUACUCACUCGGCGUCAUGCGACACUACACCACGCCCGCCGCGCACCACUACCGCCUGCACGACGACCUGCACCAGCACUUCGACCAGGUACACGCUACUCUACUACUCACUCGGCGUCAUGCGACACUACACCACGCCCGCCGCGCACCACUACCGCCUGCACGACGACCUGCACCAGCACUUCGACCAGGUACACGCUACUCUACUACUCACUCGGCGUCAUGCGACACUACACCACGCCCGCCGCGCACCACUACCGCCUGCACGACGACCUGCACCAGCACUUCGACCAGGUACACGCUACUCUACUACUCACUCGGCGUCAUGCGACACUACACCACGCCCGCCGCGCACCACUACCGCCUGCACGACGACCUGCACCAGCACUUCGACCAGGUACACGCUACUCUACUACUCACUCGGCGUCAUGCGACACUACACCACGCCCGCCGCGCACCACUACCGCCUGCACGACGACCUGCACCAGCACUUCGACCAGGUACACGCUACUCUACUACUCACUCGGCGUCAUGCGACACUACACCACGCCCGCCGCGCACCACUACCGCCUGCACGACGACCUGCACCAGCACUUCGACCAGGUACACGCUACUCUACUACUCACUCGGCGUCAUGCGACACUACACCACGCCCGCCGCGCACCACUACCGCCUGCACGACGACCUGCACCAGCACUUCGACCAGGAGUCGUGGCUGGUGUCGGUGUGCGUGGGCUGGGAGGGCGGCGUGCACGUGCAGUCGUGCGGGCACCACCUGCACCUGCGCUGCCUGCACGCCUACCUGCGCGCGCUGCAGGCGCCGCAGCGGCCGCACAACCUGCACGUGGAGCGCGGCGAGUUCCUCUGUCCCGUGUGCCGCCAGCUCGCCAACUGCGUGCUGCCGCUGGCGCCGCGCCCCGCGCGCCCGGCGACUCGACCAGGAACACCCGCCGCCCAGGCGAUGGGGAAAGCAAUGGAAGACAUGACGGCCACGGCCGGCGGCAAGCUGAAGCAGCGCUACGGGUCGUCCCCGGCCGCCAUCUUUACCUUCGUGGCGUCCCUGGUGCGCACCAACCUGGAGUGCGAGCUGGUGCAGCGCGGCGGCACGCUGCAGACCUGCGUGGCGCCGCGGUACAAGCUGCGCAACGAGUGCAUCGUCCCGCUCCUGGUGGUGGCGGGCGCCCACUCGCGCGUGCUGGCGUCGGCGGGCGCCGGCUUCGGCGCCGCCGAGGCCUGGCGGCUCCUGGCGCCCGGCGACGAGGCGGCGGGGGCCGCGGGCGCCGCCGUGCUGUCGGGCGCGCCGUCGGCCCGCCCCGUGCCGCUGCUGCUGCGGGACCCGCUGGCGCUGCUGAUGCACUUCCUGCUGCUGGCGCCGCCGACGCCGCCGUACCUGGACAUGGAGGAGUUCACGUGCAUCGUGCGCGUGCUGUACUCGCUGAGCUACUACCAGGUGGUGUGCCAGCUCAUCGCGGGCUACAGCGCGGAGGGCCGCGCCGCGCUGCUGGGCGCGCCGCGGGCCGCGGAGCCGGCCGGCCUGCGACCUUCCCUGUAUACACAGGUGCAAGACCUCCUCCUGCCGUUCCUGCGUAUAUCAGCAUUACUUCGUCACCACCUGUACGGCAGCGAGCUACCAGAAGUAUCGACCCCGCGGCAAGAAUUCGUCCGACUAGCGUAUUAUCUGGAGCUGGUGACCGAGGGCAUGGAAUGGAGCGAGUGGUCUGCUGGACGAGCACUUUGUCCGGACUCCGCCACUGCAGCCCGGGCCUGGGCCAGGCAACUAGGGGCUGCGGCAUCUAGAGGACAGCUAGCGGUCCGGCGCCUGCUGCGGUCGAUGGCGGUGGAGUGGGUGCAGCCGGGGCUGCUGGCGCUGCCGCGCGACUACGACCGCCUGUUCACGUACUACCACGAGCGCGUCUGUCUGCAGUGCGGCGCCGUGCCCAAGGAGGCCAGCGUCUGUCUGCUCUGCGGGACGCUCGUCUGCCUCAAGCAGCCCUGCUGCAGGCAGCACCAGGUCGCCGAGGCCGUGCAGCACGCGAUGGAAUGCGGUGGCGGUACGGGUAUAUUCCUAGUGGUGACGUCGACAUACAUCAUCGUCAUCCGCGGCCGCCGCGCAUGUCUCUGGGGUUCGCUAUAUCUUGACGACUACGAUGAAGAGGAUCGCGACCUCAAGCGUGGCAAACCACUAUACCUAAGCCAGGACCGCCUGGAGCUGCUGCAGGCGCAGUGGCUGGCGCACCGGUUCGACCACACGAAGCGGACCUGGGUGUGGCAUCGAGACUCGCUCUGAGCCACCGCUACUUGUACAUAGGCGACGACACGCGUCGAUACUAACUACUAAUUAUUUAUUUCCUCUGGAAUAUUGCAGUAUACACAACGUUUAUUGUAACUGUAUCAUUUAACUACUUUAUAGUAGUUGAUGUUUUUGUAGUGGUGAUUGUUAAAACUAGGUGCGACGGUCAAGUGAUCUCAAAUGUAUGAUCGUCGCAUCUCACUCCGGUGGUACCUGUAUGAAGCGAAAUCAUUGGUAUCAUAGAGUACUUUCGAUACAAUUUUAAUGCCACGAAGGCAACCGAAUUCCAGUUUUCAAUACAUGAUACUAAUGAUAUCGUCUUAUAUAAUUUGAACUUUAAAUACAGGUGCCACGGUGCACUAUUCUUUAUAUAUACCACUACUCAAUGUAAUUACUUGCCAAUGUAGCUUGGUUACAGAGUGUACCAAACUUGGACUUAUGUUCCGUAAAUUGGAGUUUUAAGGUGAGAUCAGGGACUAUUCUCGUCAAUUUGUAAGAUACACGGCAUCUGUUCUACAAGUCGUAACAAAUUUGCCUCGAGUCAUCGCCAAUAGACAAACCAAAUUCUCUGUUUGUCUAUAACAGUCUGUAAUACAAGUUGUAUAGAGUUCAAAGUGAAUUCUCUACAUUUUCCUGAACAACAACUUUUAAUGUAAUUGAAAAUUCUGUCUACGUCAAUGUGAUUUAAAUAGAACACCAAUUAUAUUGUUAUUUACAUUUGUUAUAGAAAGGUAAUUAUUAAUCCAAAAUAAAAUCUACAGUAAAGCCUAAAAUUCAUGUAAUAAGACGCAUAGGUUCAAGCAAUAAAGAGUAAUUAUUAAUAUUAAAUAAUAAUCAAAUGUAUUUUAGAUUACAAACCAUUGUUGCGUCAAUUAAGCCUUGCUCCCAUGCCAAUAGCUAUCUUAAUAAAAUUAUAGAUAUUUACAUACAAGCAUAUUAAAAUAUUGAUUACCUACUUAUUUAUUAGAAGAAUAUAUUCAAUGAAAUUGCAAAGGCGUAUUUUAAAUAUAAGAAGAUACAGAUAAUAAUGCCUCGUACAAUCAGAUAGUGUCUUACAUUAUAUAUUUAUGAAAUGAGACAGUAGUAUGCAAGAUAGUAUAUAUUUUCAUAUUCAACGUAUUUAGCUUCCCGCUGACCGGAGCUAGGCGCUAGUUACAAUACAUACACAAGAACUUCGCGGCUUGCGUAGCAUACAUGUGAGAACUUUAGUCAUUUCAUUUAGAAGUAUUUUGUAUCAUUACUUUAUUAUCUCUUUACUUUCAUUCACAAAUAUCACAUUGUAUAAUUCAUUUCCAUCUGGUAUUAUUUUAUUUUACAACUAAACGUGUGUUUCAAACGUAUUAUUUAGCUAGGUUACUUACUGUUCAUCCACAUUUUGGUCGAUUCAUUUACAUAUUUAUUUAUAGAUCUUUGGUUCAAGAAACAUGUUUGGUCUAAGUAUUUUGAACAUUUAUCACGUGCGCCCUAAAGUCUUAAACUUUAAUAGUUAUAGUUACUAACGUAAAUAUACAAAUGUUUUCAGAGUUUAUCAUUAUAUUAAAUUGCCUAAAUUUGCUAUCUAGGCAUGUUAGUAUAAAAAAACUACAAAAUUGUAACUUCAAAUUGAAAUAAGCAAUAACUAGGAAUAGUUCUACAGAGAGCGUUUGUGCUUCAACCACAAAUUGUUGGGCAAUAAAUGAAUUAUAUUUAUCCCGUGGUGAUCCGAGUACUCGCAAAUAAAUGUAUACACCAAGUAUCGUACAGUAUGCCUUAUCAGAAUUUAUACAGUUAUUUACACAUUGUACAAGAGAAAAUUGAUUGCAGUACAUAUUAUUAUAUUCAAAUUAUUACUUGUUUUCAUUAUAGUAAUAUGUUAUAGAAGUAAAUUUUAUCUAGUGUUUUACCUGUAUGUUAAUGUUUGGGAGUGCGGCCAGAGAUGGCUCUGAUGUUGAAAUUACUGUCUACUCUACAUUCAUUCAAAUUAUCUUGUAAUGUAUAUAUAUAUUUCCCUUCAAUAAUUCAUUGUUGAUAAAUCAAAAGUUUACCCACUGUUCUCUGGCCACACUCCAUGUAAGUUUGUUGGAAUUUAAGGUGUAUUAAAUUUUAACUUGUGUCUAAUGUUUGAUCAAACUGUUAACCCAGUAACUCAGAGUUUAUGCUAUACUAGCUAAUGGUAACGACUACGACUUUAUAUUUAGAUAUGAUGAACUUCGCGCACCGCUGAACUUGUAUGAAUUCUAACAGUUUACAGCCCAAAUGUUUGGUCAAACAUUUGAAAUGUGUUGCCAAGAAUGUCAUGGAAAGUAAUAAAUGUUGUCUUGUUUACGAAUACACGGUCGUUGAAUUAGCUUUCAUUAGUUUUAUGACUGUUAUACGCGGAGGUACCAGCAGGAGCCUCCAGUAUACACAGAGUAGUAUUUAGUGAACAAGACAAACUCUUGAACAUUGUAAAUAUAUCCUUCGACUUCAUUAGGGACGUCCAAUGGGUGUUGUUAGGGCUGUGAAUACGUAUAUUUUAAAUUUUACUCGCUCCUUUGUUGACACGGUUGACGAAUCACUAGAUUUUAAACACGAUUAAAUUAUUAUUUUAUUUUUUUCAUAUUUUUAUAUAGGAAUAUAUUGAAUACGAUAUUAGCGAGUAGCCGCUUGCGGACUUUCCGUACCUUGUACGGAUUAACUAUACUUCUUCAAAUAUCUUCCAGAAAUAUAGAAAGCAUUGCUUAGAACUUAGAUAGGUGUGUUCUGAGUGCCGUAGUUACUGAGCCACUGCACCGCACGGCUAACAGAGUGUUGACAGAAAGCUAUAUGCUAUAUGUAGUACUGCUUCCCCUCCGUAUCGACAAUAAUACCCUGAAACUAUUGAGGUAUGGUGCUUCAUCUUUCAUUUUAUGUCUUGUGUGCAAUUUGGAUGCUUUUAUUUUGUUCUCCUUGUAUAUUAUUCUCUAAGUCCUCAAAAGUACAUUUUUCUGUUUUAUAAAAUUUAGCGUUUGUAUCUAGUUUUAGUGUUAACUAAAUUGUAGUUUUUAUUAUUAAGCUAUUAUCAUUUAAAAUUUUGUAAUCACAACGAAUUGAUUCUGUAUUUGUAAUGGAAAUUAGGAUGUGGUAGAGGAUCAUCUAAAUUUAUUUUUAGGUAUGUGAGAUGUCAAUGUUUAUUUUUAAUGUUUAGGUUUUUCGUAUUAGAAAGUUAAUUUGCGAAGUGUAUCGUCUAAAUUGCGUAUUAUAUUUUGUUAUAGUAGAAUCCUUUGCUGCCGUAUUGCUCAUGUUACAGUCCACGCGAGGCGACGUGACGUGUCUCGUCUGCCCGCGCCCAGUGCCCGCUCCAUAUAAUAUUGUUAAACUUGUGUAUGUAUAUUGUUCUUGUAUAUAUUCAAUCAUUAAAGUUGUUGAUAUUUCAA